AUGUCUAAUAAUGAGACGCUGAAUAUGGAUUCAGUAGUUAGAAAGCGAAGAAACGGAUGCUGCGUUAAUUACUGCGAAGAGCUGAAUAGAAAAGUCUUCCAAAAGAAGCCCAUUAGUAUUGAUUUGGGCCAACUUCUACGAACUCAACUCAAUCGAUGUCUACGUACGGUGGAUCUAGUUGGUUAUGGAAUUGCUUCUAUGAUCGGUGGAACUAUAUUCGUGUUGACGGGGACAAUAGCAAGGUACAAAUCGGGUCCGGCCACAUUUCUGUCUUACAUUCUGGCUGGGAUGAUCGCCACGUUGAAUGCUGUGACAUACGCUGAGCUCUCCUGCCGUUUUCCCAAGGCAGGAUCAACUUACACCUAUGUCUACGUUCUACUUGGCGAGCUACCUGGUUUCCUGGCAGGCUGGUCAAUUCUCCUUGAGUAUAUAUUGAGUAUGGCAACUGUGGCCAGAGGCUGGAGUAGUUCUCUCAAUGCCCUGACGGGAGAAGCCAUCUCCAAAUGGACGGAAAGAACUGUAGGAAGGUGA